GGAGGAGGCGGGCAGGGCUGACGCAGCGGAGUGAGCGAGCGGCGCACCGACGCGCGCACUUUCCGACAUGCAACCUGCGAGACGCCGCACCGCCGGCGACUUCCCGUGCCACUGACACAACCGAGGGACGCGGAGACGCGCCGGCAUGGACGCAGAGUAGCGGUGCCGCGCCGAGGCGUGUGCGCGCGGAGGUCCGCCGGAGAUCAGGAGCAAAAAAAACGCGUGUUUUUGGCGCACGGAGCUGUGGAGUGUGGAGGAGACGCGCUGCGCCCCAACUGGGAUGUCUCAGAGCUCUUCUUUGUUCACUCACUAAAUACGGAUUAAUCUGUGGCUGUGAAUUUAUCCCGAGGCACCACCGCUGCACGGAACAGAUUGGAAAACCAGAGAGGUGCAAAUCGGAUUCCAUACGUUUGUGAUUGGAUGUGAGAAUACUUUGACCCUACAAAAUUGAAAAUGAUGUUGCUAUGGAAACUGCUGCUGCUGCAGUCACUUAUGGGGUGCCUUGCAGGUGGCGGCGUGGAAGCUGUAUUUCAGAGAGGAGCAGUUUCAGAGAGCGCGGUCCUGCAGAGUCCCGUCUUCUCCAAGCAGCCCGGCAGCAUCGUGUAUCCUGUGGAGACUCUGGAGAACAACAGAGAGGUCGUGUUCAGCUGUGAGGCCCAGGGAAGCCCACCUCCAAUGUACCGGUGGAAAUUGAACGGAACAGAUAUCAUUCCCAAAGCUGGGUCUCACUACAGCCUUUCCGGAGGCAACCUCCGAAUCAGCCGUCUGAACAAAGACCAAGAUGCUGGAACGUAUCAGUGCCUCGCAUCCAACUCUUUCGGGACCAUCGUCAGCCGAGAGGCCAGUCUAUCCUUUGCCUACUUGGAAAACUUCAAGACUCACAGAAGAAGCUCCGUGUCAGUACGCGAAGGUCAAGGAGUGGUUCUGCUCUGCGGCUCGCCACCACAUUCUGGAGAUCUGACAUUUUCCUGGAUCUUUAACGAGUACCCAACGUUUGUGAAGCAGGACUCUCGCCGCUUCGUCUCACAGGAGACAGGAAAUCUGUACAUUGCCAAAGUGGAGCCCUCGGAUGUUGGCAACUACACUUGUGUGGUGUCCAACACCGUCACGAAGACCCGCGUCCAGGGCCCGCCCACGCCGCUCGUGCUCCGCAGUGACGGUGUUAUGGGUGAAUAUGAGCCAAAGAUUGAAGUUCAGUUUCCAGAGGUUGUUCAUGUUGCCAAAGGAUCCACAGUAAAGCUGGAGUGCUUCGCUCUGGGAAACCCUGCUCCGUCUAUAAGCUGGAGGAGAGUGGACGGCGUACCCUUUCCCAGGAAAGUCGACAUGAGAAAGUCCAGCGGCAUCCUGGAAAUCCCGUAUUUCCAGCAGGAGGACGCCGGCACGUACGAGUGCGUGGCUGAGAACUCCCGGGGAAUGAACACGGUGAAAGGAAAGCUCUCCUUCUACGCGCCGCCUCAUCUCAUUGAGAAGCCCCAGGAUGUCCAGAAGCUCAUCGAUGACUCGCUGGUGUGGGACUGUAAAGCCACCGGGAAGCCCAAACCCUCGUACAGGUGGAUGAAGAAUGGAGAGAACCUGGAGCCGACAGAGGAGCGUAUACAGGUCGCCAAUGGGGUGUUGUCUAUCAGUCGCCUGACCCUUUCCGACACAGGAAUGUACCAGUGUGUGGCUGGGAACAAGCACGGCGAGGUCUACUCCAACGCAGAGCUGAGAGUUAUAGCUGUUGCCCCAGAUUUUUCUCGCAAUCAACUCAAGAGCCAGACGAUGGUGAAGGUGGGAGGAGAUGUGCUCAUCGAAUGCAAGCCCAAGAUGUCUCCUUGGGGGGUGAUUUCUUGGAGGAAGGGCAGUGAACCCCUCUAUGGAAAUAGCAGGGUCUCCAUCCUUGAAAACGGUAAUCUUCGGAUUUGGAACGUUACCAAUUCUGACGCAGGCCUCUACACCUGCAUGGCAAGAAACCAGUUUGGAGUGGCGAGCAGCACAGGGACCGUCACAGUUAAAGAGCCGACCGCCAUCACCACCCUGGCGUCCACGCUGGACGUCACCGUCGGCGAGAGCGUGGUCCUGCCCUGUCAAGUGAGCCACGACCCGUCGCUGGAGCUCAAGUUCACCUGGUUCUUCAACGAGCAGCUCAUCCACUUCGGGAGCCACGAUGGCUUCUUUGAGAAAGUGGGAGGUCAGCAUUCGGCAGGAGACAUUAUGAUCCGGAACAUCCAGCUGAGGCACGCGGGGAAGUACACGUGCGCCGUGCAGACCAAGGUGGACAGCAUUUCCAUCGCUCUGGACCUGGUUGUGAGAGGUCCCCCAGGGCCCCCAACCAGCAUUCACGUGGAAGGCAUCACUGAUACCACAGCGUCUCUGUCCUGGAGGCCCGGGCCUGAUAAUCACAGUCCAAUUACAGCGUACACCAUUCAGGCCAGGACGCCGUUCUCCCUGGGGUGGCAGGCUGUCACCACAGUUCCUGAGGUGGUGGGGGGCCGCCAGAUGACAGCUACAGUAAUAGACCUGAGCCCCUGGGUGGAAUACGAAUUUCGAGUCCUGGCAAGCAACAGAAUUGGGACGGGCGAGCCCAGCAAGCCGUCCAAACAAGCAAGAACAAAGAGCACCUCUCCGAAGGUCACACCCGCUAAUGUGAGUGGAGGCGGAGGCAGUCGCUCCGAAUUAGUCAUCACUUGGGAGCCGGUUCCAGAGGAGCUGCAGAACGGACCAGGCUUCGGCUAUGUGGUGGCUUUCCGGCCCCACGGAGCCACAGGCUGGAUGAAAGCCGCCGUGCCCUCCCCUGAAGCCUCCAGAUACGUCUUUAAAAACGAGAGCAUCCAGCCUUUCUCUCCUUUCCACGUGAAGGUCGGGGUGUACAACAACGAGGGGGAGGCACCGUUCGGAGCGGUGACCACCAUCUACUCUGCUGAGGAAGAGCCGGGCCGAGCUCCCACCAGAGUCCGUGCCAAGAGCCUCUCUGCAUCUGAAAUGGAAGUUUCGUGGAAAGCUCUGCCCUGGAACGCCAGCAAGAGGAGGGUGCUGGGCUACGAGCUGAGGUACUGGAGUAGAAGUGAAAGGGAAGACACGGCCAGCGUGCAGAGGACUGUGGGAAAUCAAACAUCCACUGUUAUCCGAGGCGUGAGGGGGAGCACCACGUAUUACAUCUCGGUGCGGGCGUAUAACACCGGCGGAGCGGGGCCUCCCAGCACCACUGUCAACGUCACCACCAAAAAACCUCCACCAAGUCAGCCUCCGGGUAAAGUCAUGUGGAACACAUCAAACUCCAAGAUCAUACUGAACUGGGAGCAGGUCAAAGCGCUGGAAAAUGAGUCAGAAGUGACUGGUUACAAGGUGCUGUACAAGAAGAACCAGCACAGUCGACCCAGCGUCAUGGAGACCAACACCACCUCUGUUGAGCUUACUCUCCCCACUGAUGAGGAUAUUAUCGUCCAGAUAAAGCCGUUUGGAGAGGGAGGGGACGGCAGCAGCAGCAGGCAGAUCACCAUCCCCAGGGUCCCAGGCCCCAACGCAGUCGGCUCAGCAUCCAAGGUCUCCACUCUAUCAGCCCUCAGCACAAUAGCACUGUCUUUCACAGCACGGACAUCUUUAUGACAAACGGCUCCCAGCAGACGUUGUAUCCGACAUGGAGACAGCUCCCCGGCAGAACGCAAACACAGCCAACUCCGCUCUAACUACAUCCAUUCAUUUAGAUUUUAGAGGCAGAGGGAAGAUGCUGACGGCUAAAAUUAGAAAUACAUUAUUGAGGAGACAGAGGAGGAGCCCCCUUCAGUGCCCAGGCCAGGUAGAGGAGAUUGACUGAUGUCGUGACUAUGUUGUUACCAAAGCAGCUUUCAUAAAAGAAAAAUAAAGUGAAAAAAUGUCUUAUUAUAUGCAUCUUUUUGUAUGACGUGUUGAGCUUUUAUACAUUUUGUUUUCUUAAUGGGUUUGAAGUCAGCCUGAGGUGACGGGGAGAACAUUUAACUGCAUGGUAUAUAACAUCAUCCAGGCCUUCAGUUUGGAGGUGAAUAUCAUUUGGAAGUUUGCCCUUUUAUCUUCUAAAAUAAGGUUUCGCCAGUAAGUUUAGUUCCAACAGAGCAGAGUAUGUUUGGUUUUUUCCUGUCACGUUACAGUCGGUACAUGUCUGUAUUUCAGUUUUGCCCACCGUUUCAAACAUCUUUGACUCGGAGGUCUGCUUUGGUGUUGGUGUUGCUUUUGGUCUUCUUACUCAGAGCAUGAAGAGAGGAGUAGCAUCAGUUUCUGCGUGUGAGUCUUAGCUACAAAGUAAGCCUGCCAAGGUCAGUUCAAAAGGAGCCCUUAAAAAGGUGGGCUCCAGUUGCUCUAAUCAUAAAUCUGCUGAAAACGCAGAACCAUGCGCUUCCAUGUUGGAGCUCAAUGGAAAAAGUCUGGGGUAUGUUAAUAUACUCUUGUGCAAUGUGAGCAAAGUAAUCAUGAGAGCCUGUGAUCAUUCCUUCUGUCCAUUACGAAAGUAAAGAGCACAGAGCCGUCUGUGAGGACAAACAGAUAUUCUGUCAUCAGGCUUUAGGCACUUUCUCUGCAGAACUGUAGGACAAGUUUGCACUGUUGCAAGACUUUAUUUAUGGCCUGAGAUGUCCCAAAGAUUGACAAACGUUGGUCCAGUGCUCAAUGCUGCUGCCUCACAGCAAGAAAGCUCUCCAUUCAAACCGGGUUCCUAGGGCUGGGCGAUUUUGGACAAAAAUAAAAUCCCGAUUUUUUUUUUCUCUGAAAAUCCGAUUUUCGAUUUCGAUUUUUUUGGUAAAAGUACAAAAGACAAUGGAAUAAAUUGUUUCAAAUAUUUUAUCUUUAUUUUUAAAGAAAAAUAGCAAGCAAAUUUCCCUAUUGGGAAUGAAGUGCAAUUGAAAGAUACUGUAAAUCCUCCUUUUAGUAAAGUGACAAAAUUUACAAUCUUCUUGACCAAACAAAGAUGACUAGACUAGAUGCGAGAGGAAAAUCGAUUUUACGAUUUUCCUUUUUUUAACAUCGUCUUGAUUAAUAAAUCCGAUUUAGAUUUAAAAUCGAUUAAUCGCACGGCCCUACGGGUUCCUGUCUGUUUGGAGCGCUCAUGUUCUCUUUGUGCGAUUCCUACCACCGUCCAAACACGUAUGAGCUUAAAUAAUGAUUCUAAAUCCAGUGAUUUUGCACAUUAGUCCUCACAAAACGAGCACUGUAGAUGCAGUUAUGAAUGCACUCAGAUGAGAAUGCUUUACAGUCGACAUGGACAGAGGGACGGUGAGCUUUAACCCUGGCAGCACUACUAAGACGCCAUGGGCAGGAACUUGCAGAGAAGUCAGUGAAGUGCUUGACAGUAGCAGGACCGAGCUGUCGUCGAGGGCUUAUCCAUCCUACGUUCCUCCAAUCCCGGCCACCGGACGGCAGUGACGGCCUGACCCCUGUGGCCGCCUCACUACCCCUCAUUCUUUCAGUUAGCCCUGUGUCUAGAGCGAUUCUUUGCCUUCUGUGUGCCUCAUCAUAUGUUCAAAAUCCUCAGGUCCUUAAAGAGCCUUAACUUAUCAUAUGUAUGUCGAAAAGAAACAUUAGAAAAAGCAGAACCACAAAGCAGCUGCGGGGAUGUUUACAUGCUGCUGUAGCUAUAGGAACCACACGGUGGGUAGCCAGCAUCCUCUGCUGAGGUUACUGAGGGUACUCUGAACGGCAUUCUGCCGUUUCACGUGGGAUAUUGGCAAUAUAUGAGGCCAGGUGCAUUUUUAUAGAUGUGUAUUCUUAAUAAAAGAUGCUGCUGCUGAUCUUUUUUCCUUUUCCCAUAGUCUCCUGAUGCCAUGUGGGCCCGCUGUGCUGCUCUGAGUACAGCGCCGUCUGUGUGUAGCUUGUAAUCCAGUUCAUAGUUUGUAGUACUUUGAAGGGGAAGUGUACUGUAGGCUACUGGGUUUUGCUGAGAAUCAUGCAUCAAGAAAUGUGUAAUAUACUGUUUUGUACACUCAGAUCAUUUAUAUAAAAGAACCUUUCUAAAGAGAUGAUUUACUUGGUUUUUAUGUAACAACUCUGUUUCAUACUGUAGCUAAGUGUUGCUCAGCAUGACUGUACUUUGUCCUCCCUUCUGUCCAUCUGCAGACCGAUUGAAUGGCUUUAGGUUAAUGCAUCUGAUAGGUUUGUGCAUAUCGUAUGUGUACCAUGAAAUCUGAACCGGUAUAAGGCCAGCACCUGUGCUUCUGUCUCAGUCAGCCUCCCUGAGAAGUGAGUGAGUCUACUGUCUAUAUACGCUCUCCGGAAGGUCCUCUCUGUCGCUGUUUGUUGUUUAUACUGUGUGAAUAAAGAUACCUGA